GGAUAAAGACCGUCAGGUGACAUCACCGGAACUUGGAAGAGGCACGGCCUGGAGCAGGUCGAUGGCUGUAUUUUUAUGUGGGAGGCUUUCAAUUUUGCGAUGUGUUAGCAGUUAAAAAUAAGUAGAAAUAUGGAACGGGACACAAAGGCGACGUGUCCCUUUGUGGAAGAUAGUUUCAGCCGCUUCUCGUCACAGAGUAACAUAUACGGGUUGUGCCAAGCAGGUGACCAGGAGCUGCUCGCCGCAACACUUAAAGGCAAAGUUGUAUGUUUCAAAUACCAAGACUUCCGACAGAAAAUACGACCGGUGGCCAAAGAAGUGCAGUUCACCUAUAUCCCAGUUGAUGCAGAGAUUGUGUCUAUUGACUCAUUCAACAAGUCUCCACCCAAUAGAGGCCUGGUUGUUGGGAUCACAUUUAUCAAGGACUCUGGUGAUAAGGCUAGCCCAUUCCUCAACAUCUACUGUGACUAUGAACCGGGGUCAGAGUUCAACCUGGAGUCCAUUGCACAAAGCUGUUUGAACCUGGAGCUACAGUUUACCCCCUUCCAGCUCUACCACACUGAGGUACAGUGUGCUGAUGGCUACAUUGAGACUGUGUUUCUGCUCAGCGGCCAUGACCAGCGCAUACACCUAUACAAAGAGAAUGCUUCACUGCACCAAUUUGAGGAGCAUCCUGUGGAGAGACUUUUCCCAGAGCUGCAGGAACUGCCCAGCAAUGUGCUGUGGCUGGAUGUAUUGGGUUUACCUGGGGGCCGGCGGUUCUCUGCGUUUGGCUGUCAGAAUGGCUGUGUGGGCCUUGCACUGGUGGAGCAAACUGGACCAGAGAUUUUGCAGACUUGGCGACUGCAGCAGGACAGUCCAAUCUCCACUGUGCUCCUCUUUCCACUUGACAUUCGACUGGAACCAGAACCACACCCCAGCGCAGAUAGAAACAGGAAGAGUGAGAGCUACAAUCUGCUGGUGACCAGCACUCUUGAGGUGGCUGUGGUAUACAGGGAUGUGUUGGCAUGUGGGAUGAGCCAGCCAGUCUGCUUCCAUGAAAGUGAUCAGUAUGAUUCUGUGCUGUGUGCGCUCGUCACUGACCUGGACUUUGAUGGACACAGAGAGAUUCUGUUGGGCACCUACGGACAGGAGUUGCUGUGCUAUAAAUUCCAGCAGUCAGACAGAGGGCAGGGCUUAUGGUCAGAGGGACACUUCCAGCUUCUGUGGAGACGGAGCUUCAAGAGUCCUCUGCUGUCAAUCACCUACCUGGACCUCACUGGAGAUGGACUACGAGAGCUGGCAAUUCUCACACUCAAGGGGCUGCAUAUACUACAGCACAGUCUGAGCUGGACUGCCGAUCUGGUCUUUGACUGUUUGACCAAGAGUCUGCCACUGCACGGUGAGCCAGCAACCCAGGCUGCCUCUGCCCAGAACAGUGAAGAGUGCUUUGAUAAGGCUAGAGACUGCCGGGAUCCAGAGAGGAAGGAACAGGACCUCAUUGGGCAUUAGGACACUUGCUCUGUGCUACUCAUUUAUUACUUUUCACUUUACUUGAUUGUUUUUUAAGUUUGUGGAGGGACAGUUUGGACAUGUACACAGAAGCAUAUGGAAGAAAAGAGUGUUGCGUGUGCAGAUAUGCAUAGUUUGCAUGACAAGUACUUGCAGUAGAAAAGCGGGAGAGUUUGAGUGGAAGUGAAGAGGUGGAAGUGUUUGAGCACAGUUGUCUUUGUUUGCAGUAAUUUUACUACUUUUACUUGUAUCCAUUGUUGUAAAAUUACCGUAACAGCUGUUUUAUUUUGCCAUUUCCAGAGAUAGUUUAUGGGAUGAUUCAGUAAAGGGGGUGGAUACUUAUCAAACCAAUUUAUUGCAAUUGUUCAUUUUUAAUUAAUGUUAAAACAAUUCUUUAAUUGGUUUAUCACUUUGAAAAGGUUAAGUACUGCAUGUAGAUUUGUAGAAAAAACACAUAGAUUAAUUGCACUUUAAUUACAGGCUAUAUGUCAAGUAAAUCUGAAAAAAUGUUCAGGGGGUGUAUUCAUUUUCUAUCCACUGUAUAUCCACCAAAACCGAGGACAUCGUAGAUUGCCACUUUAACUAAUCAUUUCUAUACGAGUGUUAUAAAAAAAGUUUUAUGAGAACAAUAUGAAAGAUCUGGAAGAACACUCGAUAAAAAGCCCCUGUAACAAAAUGAGAAUAAAAUCCCAAAUUGUAACCUG